GUGGUGCGUGCUUGUUGACGCAGCGGGUGGCCUGGAAGACUCAGCAUUGUAGCAGCGGCAGCAUCACGGAACCGAUCCGCUUCCCGAGUCCGGUCCUGCGGGAACCGCUGAUGCUCUGUCCGCGCAGCAGCGUGUCCGUCCAGCCUCACAGCGGUGGAGAAUCGUGGAGGAGCACCUGCAGCAUCUGAGGGGGAGGAUGCUCUGGGGCUCCCCACUGUAUUGUGAAGAUGAGUGUGACAUCAUGGUUCCUGGUGAGCAGCUCAGGUACUCGGCACCGCCUCCCUCGAGAAAUGAUCUUUGUGGGCCGAGAGGACUGUGAGCUCAUGUUACAGUCACGCAGCGUGGACAAGCAGCAUGCUGUCCUCAACUACAACCCAGCGACUGACGAACAUCUGGUGAAGGACCUGGGCAGCCUGAACGGGACGUUUGUGAACGACCUGCGGAUCCCUGACCAGACCUACAUCACCCUCAAACAGUCCGACAUCAUCCGCUUCGGAUACGAUUCUCAUGUCUACGUACUGGAGAAGAGCCAACACAAAGUCCCAGAGGAGGCCCUGAAGCAUGAAAAGUAUAGCAGUCAGCUGCACAUGAGUCUGACGGCUGUGGAGGAGAAAAAGAGGGAGGAUCAGGAGCAGAUCCGUGGUGAGCGGACGCAGAGCUCCAAAAGCCUGACACAAGAGGCUCCUGUGAGUCGGCCCACUCCUCUGUACGGUCAGCCAUCCUGGUGGGGGGAGGAGGACUAUGGGAGUAAAGUUCAGAGCAGCGAAGAGCCUCUUCCAGAUGUGCAGAAAAGCACCCCAUCUGUGGAUCCAGGCCUGUCCGGAUCUCUCUCAGAUGCACAGCCAGACUCCCUGUUUCCUUCAUACAACUGUGAGCCCAGCUACUUUGAGAUCCCCACCAAGGAUUUUCAGCAUCCUAAAUCCAUGGGGGUGGAGCUCCACGAAAUCCCCACUAAGGACACGGACACACUCCUGACCCUGCCCUCCACUCCUAGCCCCACCCCUCCUGUUGUCCAGAGUCAUGCGUCCUUCACUAUUGAGUUUGAUGACUGCACCCCUGGAAAGAUUAAGAUCAAAGACCAUGUCACUAAGUUCUCCACCCGGCAGCGGAGGCAACAGGCUUCACUCACCAAGAACAGCAUCACCCGUGCACCUGCAGAGAUGAUGUCAGCAGAGAACAAAGUGGCUGAUUGGCUAGUUCACAGCGAUGUCAGUAUGAUCAAAAAGAUAGCUCCAAGCGAAGAUGUUUAUAGCACCAAAAGUGAUCUUGCUGUGAACAUCAAGAUGCUCAAAGCAGGUCACCACCAUGAAGAUGGAACUCAGAGCGAUUCAGAGGAUCCAGUUUCCAAAGACAGAAGUAAAUCUUUUCCUACUGUCCAACCAGAGCAGUCAGAGAGGUCACAACAAACUAUCCAGUCAGGUCCACUUGCUGCUCCAGCAGAGGAGCUCCACCAGCUCCUGCAGUAUUCUCCACCUACACCAGCCCCAGCAUCACAGGUGGCUUCCAAGCCACUGUCCCAAAGUCCUCCUCAGCCUCCAUCCCCUACAGAGAUGACUAAACAAGCCCUCCCUGACCAUCUCUCUCAGCAGGCCUUCAUCAUUGAGUUUUUUGAUGACAAUCCACGGAAGAAGCGUUCACAGUCCUUCACUCACAACCCUGCUAACACUGACUCUUACUCUACACUCAAGACAAAACUGGAACGAAGGAAAGGUGGGGAGAGGCCAGCAUCAGUGCAUGGUCAAGUCUACCCCACCCAGCAGGUAACCGUUCCUCUAAAGGGCCAAGGUCAUGGAGGUCCCCAGAGGUCUAGCUCUCUUAAGAGGGAGAAGACCGAGGGGGAGGGUGCUUCGUCAGCUUCCACUCCUCGGUCUACAUCAGGAAUCAUUAUAAGGCCCUUUGGCAGCAUUGGUAAGAAAUCAAAACUCUCCCAGGAAUUUUCUGCAGAAAUCCUAAAAGACUCUGGUGAGAAAGACAUUUCUCCUACCAGAGACCAUAUGUCACCCCCUCCAAAGUCUGCACCUGCCGAGAUGGUUACUCCACAUUAUACACGGAUGACAUUUCCACAAGAACCUCCAGCUCCGUCUUCAGUUUCCUACCCCACAUCCCCAUCACAGCCUCUAGAAGUGCUAAAGCCCCCAUCCUGCCCUGUUAGCAGAAUUGACUUUUCAGGCCACAUAUCUGAACACCCCAUGUCCUCUGGUGUCUGUAAAGGAGAUCCCAAAGAUUCCCAGAGGAUUGUGAAGCAUGAGGAAGAUGACAAUCUGAGUGACGCUGGGACAUACACCAUUGAAACUGAAUCCCAGGAUAAAGAUGUAGAGGAGGCUCGCAACAUGAUUGACCAGGUGUUUGGUGUCCUUGAUUCUCCAGAGUACAGUGGUUCUUCACCUGGGGUCUACAGACCCGUUAUAAGCGACCACAAGGAUGAGCCAGAUAACUUGCCCUGUGUUGAUAGAUCCGCGGAGUCUUUACAUAACUUUUUUCAUGUUCCAACCGUUUCCCCCGCAGCAGCCCACAUAGAGGUUCCUGUUCGUUCAACGGAUCUGGAGGAACCAAAGUGGGUUUCCCACUGGGCCAGUUUAGCUGACAGCUGUGUUGACAGUGGUUCCACUCUGCAUCAAGAGGGAUGUCUAGAAGAUUUGCACUACAUGAGCCACUCAAUGGGAAACUUCAGCUACGAUAACUCUGACCUGGAGUUGAGCCACAGCGGCAGGACAAGACGACUGCUCCCUCAGGUGCCUCCAGAGAAGCUGGAUUGCAUCACACCGACCAUCUCGAUUCGACACGAAGCUCACCUAAUCCAGACACCUUCAGACAGAGCUUCUGCUCCAACCCACACACAGGACUCCAAUCAGUGCCUGUCUGUUCAGGAUGAUGUUGACCCUGACAGUCUUAGUGAUGCAAGUCGCUCUGAUGAUGGACGAGUUCUGGAGAAAGCAAAGAACAAUCAGGUCAGGAAUGAAAAUAUACCCCUCUGUACAACAGGCCUUCAAUUUAAACUCGAUAAGAAAGUGCCUCCCUUCAACAAGUCCACUUGUUUUUAUAUUGGUUCUGAUGACUAUCCAAGCAAACCGGAUAAGGCGCUAGUACAGACUGAAAGAGUUCGAGAAAUCUCAGCAAAAGCUCCCCCUACAACAGUUCUGGUCCGCCACCUGAGUGAACAUGAAACCAAGAGGGAAGGUAUCAAGGCCAACAGCUCUGCUCCAAACCUCCAAACACAAGAUAAGGAUGCCACCUCUGCUAGGGACGGUUGUAUUUCCUGCUUUGUUCGGCAAGAGAGUUUCACUAAAGACCAGACCAGGGACACAGUGCAGAUAAAAAAACUUCCCCACAUCUCUAGUCAGCCAUCUAUCAGAGACAUGGAGCAGAAACAAGAAGAUAUGCAUGACAGCCAGUUCUUUUUUCAGGAGCCUGCAUGUACUCUGUCCAUGCUAGAGACAAAAAUGUCCUCAUCUGGUUCUGGUCGGAGCUCAAAAAAGGGGGGUUCCUCUAGCCAAGUGGACAAUUCUCUUUCAGGGGAAUCCGAUAUGGACUCGGCAAGCACAGUGAGCCAGGUCAGUGGUCAAAAUGCUCCAGUCAGCUCCUCUUCUAAAAAACGUGCAGCUAUUAGCAUUCUCCAGAAAGAAAAGUCCUCUUCCAGCAACUCCAUCCAAGUCAAGGGCCGGCAGCCCAGUGCUCGAGAACGGCUUUCUGAGAAACGUCGUAACCAGACAACACAUGAUGCACAAGGUAAAGCCGAUGCAGGAAUGCGAUUGCAGAUGCGCCGCAGUGCAGGUAACUGUGGCUCUUUGGAUCUAACAAAGCAUGGUGUGCUUUCAAACUCAAACGAUUCAUCUUCGUCAAAUCUGGAAAAGCAGGGCCCAUCCACUCGCACCAAGAAAAAUGUUGCUCCUAGUCAGAAGGAAGACAAUGGAAAAACACCAAAGACAGCGACUCAACAAGUUCUAACAAGAUCCAACAGCCUUUCGGCUCCAAGGCCAACUCGAGCUUCCAUGUUGCGACGUGCACGCCUGGGUGAGGCCUCAGACAACGAGGGUACUGAAACUGACCGGGCCUCCCAGAGUUCUGACCAAACUCCUGCACCAGCCAAAGGUUCUGCUGAAGGGAAAAAGCUGUCCAGGUUGGACAUCUUAGCCAUGCCUAGGAAGAGAACUGGUUCUUUCACAGGUCCUAGUGACACAGAGUCUUCCUUCACCAGUCGUUCUGGAUUCUCUAGUCGCAACGUGGAAACUGCUGCCUCGAGCAGGAAGAUUUCAGUGGUUGAUUCCCGCCAGUCUGCUAGUAGAGGGUCCAGAGGUCCAGUAAAGCAGCCACUGACCCGAACCCGUUCAACUGGUGCAAAAUACUCUAGCAGUGGUACGCGUCGAAGACAGAAGGGCUCAGACUUCUCUUCUUCUGAGGAAGAGUACGAUGCAAACCCUGGCACAUUUAAAUCCAAACGUUCCUCAAAUUUGACCACCUCAGUCCAGACUCCUCACAGCCAGCGGACUGCUGCCACCAGAUCCAAGUCUGUGUCCUUGGAGACAGAAGAAGAUGAUGACCAAAAUGAUGCUGAUCCAUACCAGAACUGGUCUACACAUAGUGCAGAGAUUGCAAAACUUAGUCAGGAUCUAGCCAAAGAUUUGGCCAUUCUGGCAAAGGAAAUUCAUGAUGUUGCUGGAGACGGGGAGCCUCUGAGUCCUGAAGGGGGCACCACCACCUCUACCAGUUUGUUGCCACACACCAACACACCGGACUCCACCAUUUCUGCCAGGGACGAGCUGGUCCAGCAUAUCCCUGAGGCCACUUUAAACCACCAGAGGCCUCCCCCAGGUCCUGCUGAGGUCUUGGACCUGGACGCAAAUAUGAAUGAGCCAGAACCCACUUCUAAGCAGUGGCAGCCGUGGAGCCACAAUGAGGUGAUGCUGGACAACGUGAUGCUGAACCCCGUGUCUCAGCUCUCCCAGGCCAUCCGGGAAAACACUGAACAACUGGCAGAAAAAAUGAAAGUUUUGUUCCAGAACAAGGCAGACGUCUGGGAGGAAAUCGAGGCCAAGAUCAGCGCUGAGAGUGAAGUUCCUUUAUUGAGAACAUCGAACAAGGAAAUCAUUUCCAUUUUGACAGAGCUCAGAAGAGUGCAGGGACAGCUUGCAGUCAUCAACACCAUUGUGGAGCCGGGUGGUGGUCUUCAGACUGCGGCAGCCAAAACAUCCCCUGUUCCUCAGACUCGUCCGUCCUCAAAGCAGAUAAAACCCACCCAUCGAACCCAAACGCCCAACGCCAGUGAAAGUACCAAGCGACCAUCCCGUGGGCCAGAGGCGUACCGUUAGACGGCCUGAGUUGGCUCCUGUAGCACCUCUGGGCAGAAAGUGUGCAUCUUCACUGCCAGAAGCCACAGAUCAGAUAGGGCAGAGCUUUACAGAAGGAGUUUGGAUCGGGUCAAAUAAGAAACUUCCUCUGAGCGGCUCUUUGCCUCUAGCUCCCCAUCAUCUGUCUGCAGCUGGCUGUUGAUGCGAGUUUCACGAAGGACAGUGGGGUGCACAGCCUCUGUCAGAGAUCCUCUUCUGGACCUGGGAGUUCUCCAGCACAAAUAGAGUCAUCAGUGUUUCCUUGUUUUUCCGUACGGUACAGUGCUCACUGCUUUCACAUGCGUUUUUGUCCCUGGUGUUGAACUUCACUGUUUUAUCAAGGUUCUGCAGGGUUUUUGCCUUUAAGGUUUUGUUUCUGAGGUUUCUGUGUGCUGGACUGUGGGCCAAACCUGAGCUUCAGCACAGCUUUCCGGUCUGGCGCUACAGAUGCACCGAAACGGGUGAAAAGCAUCAUCCUAAAGAUUCAGUAGGUCAGAACAAUGUAGAGCUGCUUACAUGUCGCACAAGUUCCACAGAACACCUGACAGACCAGCAGAGGUUCAUGCAACAGUGUUACAUGAACUGUAGUAUGAUAGUGCACAAGUAACGUUAUGUUUUAAUGAUGUUUGGAUGCAUUUAAACCAAUGAUUGAUUGUGCCAUCACAACACUAAAUGUAUAUAUAAACAGAAAGUCCAACUUUUCUGCCAGCAGUAAGGAGUCGUGCAACAACUGAAUGAGCAGCGCUGCUUGGGCCUUCAACUCCAUUUACUGUGAAGCUGCAGCAGCGGAAUGUGAUUGUUGCUGCUGUAAAGUGUCUCUUUUGUCAGUAUCGUGCUGGUCUGUGAACAUGCUGAAUGACUCCAGAAACACUAAAGAGUGAUGAACAAAGCUCUCUGAAUGCAGCAGUAAUGUUGAACUUCUUGAGUUUGUACACAAACUGUAUUCACCCACUGUUAAAAAACAGAGAUGGUGUGUCUAAUCAGGACUCUGAUAUACCUGAGAGACAUCAAUGUAGUAAAGGCUGACUGUCCUGUUGGUUAUAGAGUGUUCAGAUCUGCUCAGAUGCAGUGUUGUGAUGUGCUAGCUACAGAUGGAAAGAUCUACAGUCCUCUAGUCACUUUAUUUAGAAACUCAGUCCCACACUGACUACAGACAUGUCUUCUGUCCAACAGGAAUAUGUUCCAGAUGACCAAUAAUCCACAAUCCGCUCAUGAAACAGGACAAACCCAAAACAUUUCCUUAACUCUCAGCAGAGAAGCACAGGAUCCAACUAUGGUUUGGUGUAAACUCUUCCCAUUAAUGGCGCAGUGUGACCUGCAGUGUCUACUGUCCCCCAGAGGAGAGCAAACCCUGAAAAAAAGGCCUUCAGUUCCAAAUCAUGUCAACAGAAGUAAAUCAUCCACUCACACUUUAAGACUGAGUUGAUGUAAAACCUUAGUUUCACUGGAGUUUUAGUGGAGUUUCAAAGAAAACUAGUCAAGUUUGCCCUUUUGAGGAAGUCCCCCACGAAGUGAUGUGACAGAAGCUCUUGUAGAAUGUGUUCCCCUGUUUGUGGUGAAGUCUGUGUCGUUGGUCAUUUAUGUUGGAGCAGAUGAGACCGUUAAUAGUGUUGGGCGGAUGAAAUGGAAGAGGAGCAUGCUCAGGAAGUUCACAUCAGGUUGGUUUAGAGAAUGGUGGUCAGGUCCUGUUUACCAGAGGAAAAGCUCCUAAACAUGAUAUCUCACCAUGACCGCUGACAUGUGGCACUUUUCUGUGUCUUCAGAACAGUAUUUUUCUGUUUUAGGUCAAUUUGAUUGUUUCACUGGCAUGAUGUCAUCCAGUGACUCACAGGAAACAAAAAGUGCUUUCAGACUGGUGUGAGAUCAGUGCUUUUCUCCCAUCCUGAGCUUUGUUUUUUUUUGCAAAGAUAUGUACUGUUUAAUAGAAAUGAAGUGACAAAUAUGAGUGGCUUAUUUGCCACUGUAGGCAUCUGUUCUGUUUGUGAAAACAGUAGGUGUAAAAAACCCAAAGUUCAGAAUUUGUAUUUGGGGUGUUUUUUCAUUUUUCUGAAGGGUCACAUGGAUGAUCAUCAGAGGCUCCAGUCCUGUUGACCAACAGUGACCAGUGAACCCUCUGCGGGUUGCGAUGUGCUCUGCAAACACGGAACACUUCAAACCUUCUGUCUCCAGAUUUAUUAUUUGUCUUGUAAACACAAAAAUAAUUGAGAAGGCUUUGCAAUAGAUGACAACAAUCUUAGUAUGUUCAGAAGAUUUUGAGGUAAAACUGAAAAAAAUCUUUCAAUUUCAGAGCUUUGAGUUUUAAAUGAUCAACUUCGACGGUUUUCCUUAUUUUGAGCGUAAAAUCCAAAUUCCACAUUAAAACAUAUAGAGCGAUUGGCUGAAAUUGUUUUAAUUGUUUGAGUUUGAGACCUAAAAUAUUCCUGCAGUGAUUAAACAAAUCCAGAAUUCUUUUCUUUUCUACUGGCAGGUUUUAUGCUACUUGAUUAAAACCAGUUUUUCUGUAUUUAGAAGUAUUUGAUCUUUUUGAAGAGGCCCCAUGGUCUUCAGUGAAAUGCGUGUGACAGACGUGGAGCCGUCAAACUGAACCCUGUGCUUUCAUCUAGCAGACAUCCAGACGUCGUGUUAAACUUUAUUAUCUCUGAAGAAUACAAAGAAAACUGAAUGAGACUUUCUGCAAAGAUGUUGGCUGCAGUGGCAGGAGAUGUUAGAUUGUCUUUGUGUUUCUGUGUGGUUAGCUUCAGGCAGCUGACACUCCAUGGCUGGAUCACCAACUGUGCACUUUAUUAUUUAACUUGCGUUUUUUGAGAAUGUACUGAUUUAUCAGCACAACUCCAACCAGAGUGAUCAUGGCUGAUGUGAUGUAUCUACUGCUGCUAUGAUCAUUUCACAUUUGCAUUGCAGUGCAUGGAGCUGUGAACAAACAAGCUGAAUAAACAAAGCAGACGGUUUUCUUUUGGAUCCUAUUUAUUGAUUUGUGCUGAUUUAAAUGCUUUUCAACUGUCAUGUGUUCUUCAUCAAAGGUUUGUAUCAUCCUGUCAUUUAUAAUAAACUAAAUUCAUGCAUAAUGAUGAAAAA